AUGAGUUCCAUCGGGGUCGUUGUCUUCCGCAAUUCGCCGCUCAAGCCGCAAGUGCUACAAGAAUCUGUGAACAAUUCAGUGAACAUAACAAACAACGACAAUGUUAGACGUGAAAUCGUCAUUGUUAGGAAGAAACAGAAACUCCAGUCGAACACAGUGUCAGUGUCUUCAUUAGUGAACACCGUAGAGAACAAUAACGGAUUGGCCAAACGUCCAAAAUACCGCGAGAACAACAAUGUGUCUGAAGAUGCAAGAAGUGCUACGCCGCUCGCCGUAGCGCGACGAAAUGCGCGGGAAAGAAAUCGAGUACGUCAAGUCAAUGACGGUUUUGCCGCCUUACGCCGACAUAUACCAGAGGAGGUCGCGGCGGCAUUCGAAAACGCCAAUUCGAACCGCGGACCAAACAAAAAACUCAGUAAAGUGGAAACAUUACGUAUGGCCGUGGAAUAUAUACGAAACCUCGAAAGCCUACUGAAUAUUGGACACACGGAUAAAGAAAACUUAUCAAAUCCAUCAAUGGAAUCGUUUCCUUCUCCAGCAUCUUCUUCGCCUCGGGAGAAUAGUCAAGAACGAAGCUACUUCUGUUUGAACUCCCCCGCUCUAGAGGAUGAGGAUUUAGAAGAAGAUGACCUCGACAGUUCGCUGCAUAAAAUAUCAGCCCAACAGUAUGUCGACUUGCAGGCAUCUGAAGCGUUUCAACUGGUAUCCACACCGCGAUUGUAUGAGGAGGAAGACGGUAAUGGACAGCCCCUGACGCCGUCAUCAGAUCUCCUCGCCCAAGACGAAAUGAACCAGCAUCUUUUGGACAGCCACUUUCAAUUCCCGAACUCCGCUGAGCAGUUCACAGUCAUUCCUGAACAAAAUUAUUGCAGUGAGUCCGAAGUUCAGUUAAGUGAAAGUGAUUUCGAUGUCAAGUACGUCGACGUGAUUCACCAACAAAUCCAGCCUAAUUACGAUGAAGGUCCUUUACUAGAUUCUAUCAACUCCGAUUUACUUCUCGGCCAGUACAAAUUCAAAGAGGAGACACCCUUUGUUGAAGAGCCGCCAUACAAUGGCGUCGAACUGAAGAAAGAGCUUCCAGAAAUCCAUCUUCCAGAAGUGACACCCGAAGACCGCGAACAAUUCGAAGAAACUCUUAAAUGGUGGCAGGAAAAAACACGACAGGCGCGCAGUCUAUCUAAAAAUAAACCUUAA